AAACUUCAAAAUCUGAGGUUCAAACAGAAAGUAUGGUUAUAAAGUUUCAGAUUAUAAUUUUUGUCGAAUUUUAAGCACCGUUUCUGAAUACAAACCAAAUCUAAUGAGAAAAUAUCCUUUUAUCCCACUCUGAUAUGGCAUACUGUGUUUUAUCUAAUAGUAGACAACUCAAAAGAUUAUGUCAAAAACUAAAGUUGCACAAUUACGGGCAAUUUUCAAUUUUUAAUUCAGUACUGAACGAUUUGAGAGUUUUGUGUGAAAAACCUCCUAAAGGUUUUGAAAAAUACUUCAAACCUGGAGGAAGCAAGCCAGAGGUUAAAGAAAAUAAAGAAAUUAAAGCAAAAGAAAAGGAUGGCAAAAGUGAAUCCAAAGAUUCCAAAGACACUAAAGUAAACCCUAAGCCAUCUACUUCUAGUGGUUCACAAAGUAGUAAACCAUAUGAACAAUGGGGAUUUGGUUUAUUUGGAGGAACGGGAAAUAGGGGAAGUGGAGGUAAACCAUUUGGGGAGAAUGAAAGGGACAAGUGGUUCAUGCUUGGAACAGCAACAGCUUUAGCAUUUUUAGCUGCUAUAACACUAUGGGAGAUGGGAUAUAAAGAAAUUGGUUGGAAAGAAUUUGUGAAGACAUAUUUGGCUAAAGGUGUGGUUGAAAAGUUGGAAGUGGUCAAUAAGAAAUGGGUCCGAGUCAAACUUCUGCCAGGAAAUCAUGUCGAUGGAGCAAAUGUCUUGUGGUUCAACAUCGGGAGUGUGGACUCUUUUGAAAGGAACCUCGAAAAUGCUCAAAUUGAUUUGAAUCUGGAACCGGAAAACUUUGUGCCAGUAAUUUAUAAAGCAGAAAUGGAAGCCGCUAGUUUGACUGGUGUUUUACCGACAAUCCUGGUAAUAGGAUUUUUGAUAUACAUGAUGAGACGAUCAGCCGAAAUGAUGGGUGGUAGACGAGGCAAAAGAGGAGGUGGACUUUUCGGAGGCGUUAUGGAAAGUACCGCCAAAAUGAUAAAUCCAAGUGAAGUUGGAGUUAAAUUCAAGGAUGUUGCUGGAUGUGAAGAAGCUAAAAUCGAAAUUAUGGAGUUCGUCAAUUUUCUGAAGAACCCCCAGCAAUAUAUCGAUCUAGGAGCUAAAAUACCUAAAGGAGCUAUGCUUACAGGUCCUCCCGGAACAGGUAAAACUCUACUAGCCAAAGCUACUGCAGGAGAAGCACAUGUUCCAUUUUUAUCAGUAUCAGGUUCAGAAUUUUUGGAGAUGUUUGUAGGUGUUGGUCCUUCUAGGGUGAGGGACUUAUUCUCAAUGGCGAGAAAGAACGCACCUUGUAUCUUGUUUAUAGAUGAAAUAGACGCUGUUGGUCGAAAGAGAGGUGGAAGAAGUUUUGGCGGACAUUCAGAGCAAGAAAACACGCUGAAUCAACUUUUAGUCGAAAUGGAUGGUUUUAACACCACCACAAAUGUUGUAGUUCUUGCUGCAACAAACCGUGUUGACAUCUUGGACAAGGCUCUUUUGAGACCUGGUCGAUUCGAUAGGCAAAUAUUCGUUCCUGCUCCCGACAUAAAGGGUAGAGCUAGUAUUUUCAAGGUUCAUUUGGAACCGUUGAAAACCAAUUUGAAUAAAAAUGAUCUCGCUAGGAAAAUGGCAGCACUUACUCCAGGCUUCACUGGAGCUGAUAUCGCAAAUGUAUGCAACGAAGCUGCUUUGAUUGCAGCAAGAGAUUUAAACGAAUCAAUAAAUAUGAAAAAUUUCGAACAGGCUAUUGAAAGAGUUGUCGCUGGUAUGGAGAAGAAAACCAAUGUUCUUUCACCUGAGGAAAAGAAAACGGUGGCAUAUCAUGAGGCCGGACAUGCUGUUGCAGGUUGGUUUUUGGAACAUGCAGAUCCUCUUCUAAAAGUAUCUAUUAUACCGCGUGGAAAAGGAUUGGGAUAUGCCCAGUAUUUACCCAAAGAUCAAUACCUAUACACUAAAGAACAACUUUUUGAUAGAAUGUGUAUGACCUUAGGAGGACGAGUAUCUGAAGAGCUUUUCUUCAAGAGGAUCACAACAGGGGCUCAAGACGAUUUGCAAAAAGUAACACAAAGUGCCUAUGCUCAGAUAGUACAUUAUGGAAUGAACAGUAAAGUUGGCAAUGUUAGUUUUGAAAUGCCUAGGCAAGGAGAUAUGCAAUUUGAGAAACUCUAUUCCGAGAGCACCGCUCAACUCAUAGAUGCAGAAGUAAGGAUAUUAAUAGCAAAUGCCCAUAAAAGAACGACAGAAUUACUGACAAAACAUAAAGAUUUAGUUGCCAAAGUUGCAGAAAGAUUACUUCAACGUGAAAUCAUAAGCAGAGAUGACAUGAUUGAAUUAUUAGGUAAAAGACCAUUCCCAGAAAAAUCAACCUAUGAAGAAUUUGUGGAGGGUACAGGAUCAUUUGAAGAGGAUACUACUUUACCUGAGGGUCUCAAAGACUGGAAUAAAUCAAAAGAAAAGAAGGAAGGGCCAGCUGUUAGUGCUGGUGUAUGAAAUUUUUUAUGUAUUAAAUGUAUAAUUGAAUGAAAUGAUGUAGUUCUGGAAAGUUUGUUCACAUUCAUAAUCCUUUCAAGUUUUGUCUGAAUUUGACUGCUUAUGUUUAUAAAUAAAAUUGUUUUUUUUUUUAUAAA